UUUCCAGGAAGCAAUCGACUCCGUGUGUUCCCCCAAACUCUCCAAAAACUCUCAAAUCCUCAAAAACCCAAAUCAAAAUCCAAUUCGAUCCGAUGUCAUCCCCGCAAUCGGAGCAACAGCUGGCCACCUUCCUGAGCGGCGUCCUCUCGCAGCGCGGCCCCUCCGCCCUCCCCUACGCCGAGGACAUCAAAUGGCUGAUCCGGCAGCACCUCGUCGCCCUCAUCUCCUCCUACCCUUCCCUAGAGCCCAAAACGGCGACGUUCACCCACAACGACGGGCGCGCCGUCAACCUCCUCCAGAUCGACGGCACCGUCCCGAUGCCGUUUCAGGGCGUGACCUACAACAUCCCCGUCGUCAUCUGGCUCAUGGACGUCUACCCUCGCCACGCUCCUUGCGUCUACGUCAACCCCACGCGCGAUAUGAUCAUCAAGCGCCCCCAUCCCUUCGUGGACCCCUCCGGCCUCGUCGUCAACGUCCCCUAUCUCAAGGAAUGGGUCUUCCCCAGCUCCAAUCUCGUCGACCUCGCUCGCCAUCUCAGCCAGCACUUCGCUCAAGAUCCGCCGCUCUAUUCCUCCCCCCGCCCCCGGAAUCCCACUCCAAACCCAAACCCUAACCCUACCUCUCAUCUCUCUCCGACUUUGUCUAAUUCCGGUUAUUCCUCCGGGAGCUAUGCUCGCCCGGUGAUUCCGCCGACGAGGCAGUACCCGCCGUCGCCGUACGGCAGCGGGUCGUUCUCUCGGGUGCAGACGGACGACCCGACGGAGGUGUACAGGCGGAAUGCGAUUAACAAGCUUGUGGAGAUGGUGCACGGGGACAUGGCCGGGCUGAGGAAGGCCAGGGAGGCUGAGAUGGACGGGCUUUUCAAUGCGCAGGUGGCGCUGCGGCAGCGGUCGGAGCAGUUAGGGAGGGGGAUGAAGGAGAUGCUGGACGAGAAGGAGGGUUUGGAGCAGCAAUUGCAGAUGGUUUUGAUGAAUUCUGAUGUGCUUGAGGGGUGGCUGAGGGAGAACGAAGGGAAGAGUAAGGAUGGUGGUGUGGAUGUGGACGAUGCUUUCGAGUGUGUGGAUGCCCUUUCAAAGCAGAUGUUGGAGUGUACGGCGUCGGAUUUGGCUAUAGAGGAUGUUGUGUAUUCGCUGGAUAAGGCGGUGCAGGAUGGGGCCGUACCGUUUGAUCAGUAUUUGAGGACUGUCAGGUUGCUGUCGAGGGAGCAGUUCUUUCAUCGGGCUACGGCGGCCAAGGUCAGGGCCGUGCAGAUGCAAUCACAAGUUGCUAACAUGGCCGCUAGGCUCACACAUUAUGUUGCAUCGUAGGGUAGUCACAGUUUGCGGUGUCGGUGUUGUUGGAUGGGACUGGUUGCAUAUCUGUGCUGCAAUAGAAAUGGGGUAUGUAUAGAUUCAGAUUAGAUUCUUGUGAAAAUAUGUCAAUCUUUUACUGUUCUUUGAAGUUUAUUUUGUUUUUAUAACUAGUUUAUAGUUUUGUACUUUAACUAUUUUUCUCGAUUGGGUGAAAAGGAUGAGUUCUGUUCAAUAAUACUCUGUGGAAGCUCAGUUUUGUUCCGGGUUUAUAUAUCAAUAUCAGAUUAGUCAUUUUUCAUG